CUCCAGACAAACUUGAGUGUAAUCACUAUGCCAGGUUUUCAAGAUCUAUACGCGUUUUGCCUCCCAUAUUUCCAUAUAUUGCUGGAUUGGGUGUACCGCAUCGUGUUUCGAACCAGACUGAGUCCUCUCACGGAGGAAAGUCUGUGGAGAAAAUUCACCAUAGACGAGAGAAGAGUUAUUCUGUCUGAAGACCUCACUCGUCGAUGGUGGUACGAAGGAUUUUGUUUAAUUUUGAAGUGUUACCGCGAAGACGAAGCGUUAUAUGUGGCAGGGAGGAAGGUUGUUGAAACAAGAUGUACCGAAGUUCUUCAAAACAGACUCGCCAUAUCCAGACGUCUGGCGUCUGUUGACGUAUCGAAGUGUCAGAUCAAGAAACCCAUAUUCAUCAUUGGACCGGCUCGCUCUGGGACGACAUUCCUUCUGAAUCUACUAUACGAGGAUCCUGGUAACACUUCACCCAGAUUUUACGAGACGAUGCACCCCGUGGAGGAGGUGGCGGUAGAGGGGAAAGAACGAAGACUGAUGACCGAACAACGAGCAUUGGCCGCGGUGUACAAGGAGAUGCCUGAAAUGAAAGCUCAGCAUUAUAUACACGCUGACAGAGCGUACGAGUGCUACCAUCUGAUGGACCAAAUGGGGCUGUUUAAGAACUUCCGGUUUAUCACAGGGAACUUCCAGGAAUACGAGGCGUGGCGACAAACGCUGACCAAGGACCAAAUGGUGGAAGUUUACCGAUUCCAUAAAUUACAAAUGCAACUCAUUCUUUUGGGAAGAAGCAAAGAUUCCCUGGAAAAUAACCAACAGCUCGUUUUUAAGGAGUCCACGCAUGCUAUGAGCCUGGAGGCAAUACUAAAGGUUUACCCGGACGCCCUCUUCAUCAAUACUUACCGUGACCCCUGCGAGGCAACGGCGUCUGUAAGCUCUCUAUGUGAGAAUUUAAUGAUAAGUCUAGGAUUUAAACCAAAAGACAUAGAUUUAGGACUCAUUGGCCAAGAUAUGCUUCGAUCCCCACUAAUCAACGGUGGAAAUGAGAUGGUGAAAUUUCGGAAGAGCCACCCAGAAGAAGAACAUCGAUUUUGCGAUAUAGAUUACAAAGAUAUUGUUGGUUCUCCCAUGUCUGUAGUGCGUCAAAUCUACAAGUUUUUUGGUUUGAAGUUGACAUCGGAAGGGGAAGCCAAGAUGAGCGCAUACGUCAAGGAACACCCUCAAAACAAAUAUGGCCGCCAUAAGUACGAUUUAAAGCGAUAUAAGCUGACAGAAGAGGAAGUGAUGGAACACCUUAAAGAUUAUGUUGAAUUCUAUAAAUCACAACGUUGAGUGCCGAUCGGUCAUUGUGGAAUAUUCUAGAUAUUUAGUCUUUAUUUUUUGCUCUAACUGUACGAUAAAGCAAUGCGCAUUUGCGCGCACGAUGUUAUAGUUUAGAAAGUUGACCCUUUUGCGUUUUUCGGCUAUUAAAGCUUUUUUUCAUUUUCCUUGAAAACUUCUCCUUCAUACAAUUUUUAUGCUGCUUUUAUUUAAUUGGUUGUGUUUGAUUGACUUAAUUAUAAUGUUAGGUAUUUAAUUUUGCAUAUGGAUAAAAAAGGGCAACUUGGAAAUAUUAAAGAGAUAUCUUGGAUUCUGUUUGCAGGCCAUUUGGGAUCAUUUAUAUAUGUCGAGGUCUUUUAAAUAGGGGUCAUUUAUCCUGAAUAUGACGAGGGUAAACUGACGAUAUUAAGAAAUAAGUUUUGAAUACCAAAUUAGCUCACUUCAGUUUUGUAAAAACGCUACUUCGAUGGCUUUGUGGGUUUUAAUUCAUUUUAAAUUAUCAAUUCAUAUCUUUAACUGUAAUUUACUUCGAGUAAAAAGCACUUGGUCCUUCAUUUAAAUCGCUACAUGAAUUGGACCGACGGUGCGCUUUGAUUCGAUGUCUUAUACCAUUUUCAAUUUUAAUAUUUGAGAUUUAUAAAUCACGACGAUAAUCCUAGAUCGGUCUGUAAAGGAUGUCCACAAGUCUAGAUGGACUUUAUUUUUGACUUUAUCUGUACAAUUAAGAAAUGUCCAGUUUUUUUUAAAGUUGUCUUUUUUGCACUUUCGAAUCAUUGAUACCCUUUAUGGGAUUCCCGUUAGAAACUUUGAAAUUUUUUCAUUAUGUAUUUUGAUAUAUCUCAAUGCUUCUUGUA